AUGGCCAGUGUCCUUGCUGCAUUGCGUGUUAAUGAGAGGUUGGCUGAGGGGACUGGGAGCGGCAGUGGUAGUGUUGCAGUUGGUGAGUGCUUGCAUAGGCUGAGGAGACUGGGAGCGGCAGUGGUUGAGGGGACUGGGCGCGGCAGUGGCACGUGUUGCAGUUGGUUGAGGGGAGUGGGACUGGGAGGGGAAGAUGACGAAGUGUAG